UCCGGCGCUCGCAACUACAGUCUACACAGUCGCUCGGCAGCUCGGCUCGAUCCUGACGCGCGCGCAGAGCCACCGGCCGAUUUCAAAUUCUCGAGUCGCAGGACCGACACACGAGCCAGUGGUGCGAGUCAAGAUGCUGGUCGACGAGUACGCGCCGCCGCCGCCGAGCCUCUCCUCCAGGCUCACCUUCACGCUCGGGCUGAUCGUCUUCCUCCUGCUCAGCCGGCUGGCCGUCAGGCGGGCCAAGUUCCUCUACUCCCUGAGAAACAUACCCUACCCCCCGGCACUGCCCCUCCUCGGCAACUUUGUCCAGCUUCUCUGCAACCUCGAGGACUUCUUCGCCAAGCUGACCGAGUGGGCCCAGGAGUUCGGCGACAUCUACCUGCUCUGGGUCGGGCUGCGGCCCUUCGUCUUCGUCUACCGGAUGGAGGCCGUGGGGACACUGCUCAGCAGCAGACAGCACAUCGACAAGAGCCUCGAGUACGAGUACCUGAAGCCCUGGCUCGGCUCCGGCCUCAUCACCAGCACCGGCGAAAGGUGGCUCGCGAGGAGGAAGCUCCUCACCCCGACCUUCCACAGCGAGCUGCUCAAGGGCUACUUCCGGGUGACGCUCCGCGAGGCCGACACCUUCGUCGAGUGCCUGCGCUCGGAAAUCGGCAAGCUCGAGUUCGACAUCGUCCCCUUCGCCAAGAGAGCCGCUCUCGAUACUAUUUGCGUCUGCGCCAUGGGCCACCAAUUGAAUGCCCAGGUGAAUCGCAGAAACGAGUACGUGCAGGCGGUGCAGCGCCUGACGGCCAUCUCCCAGAGGCGCUUCACCAGCAUCCUCCUGAAGCCCGAGCUGCUGUUCAAGGUGAGCACGCUCGGCCGGGAGCACGACCGGGCGCUGAGGGUGAUCGAGGACUUCGUCAACGGGGUGAUCACCGACACGAAGAGGGACUGGCUGGGCUCGAGGCUGCGCCGGGCCCGGGCCUCGAACAACAACGAGAGGAAGCCCCGGCCGGAGACGCUGCUGGACCUGCUGCUGCAGAUGGUGCAGAACGGCGAGAAACUCACCGACAACGACCUCCGGGACGAGGUCAACACGUUCAUGUUCGCCGGCCACGACACCGUCGGCAUGAGCGUCUCCUGGAUCCUCUACUCCCUCGGCCGGCAUCCCGAGUACCAGGAGCGCAUCAUCCGGGAGGUCGAGGACUUGCUCGCGGCCGAGGGCGAGCUCGGCUUCGAGUCCUACAACCGGCUCCACUGGCUCGGGGCCUGCGUCAAGGAGGCCUGGCGGCUCUACCCCGUGACCCCGCUCAUCGCCCGGCAGAUCAACAGCCCGAUAACCCUGCAGAACCACGACAUCCCGGUGGGCACGACGGUGCUGAUCAACUCGUACCUGCUGCACCGCGACCCCCGCUACUUCCCCGAGCCCGAGCGCUUCAAGCCCGAGCGCUUCCUGCCGGGGGCCAGCAAGCCGCCGAGCUUCGCCUUCAUUCCGUUCAGCGCGGGCUCGCGCAACUGCAUCGGCUACAAGUUCGCGACGAUCGAGGUCAAGGUCACCGUCCUCGCCCUGCUCCGCGCCUACAGGUUUCGCGCCAUCCUCCGGGAGGACCAGCUGCACCUCCUCUCCCAGGUCGUCCUCGACAACGUCGGCGGCAUCCAGCUCAGUAUUACGCCGAGGCAGCCCAGCUGAGAGCGGGCAGCUUCCGCAUCUCGCUGCACGACUGCAAGGACUGACCACUUAGUUUAGUACAUAGCCGGCCAUUCUUCCGGCUAUUCUCACAUAUUAUACACAUGUACAUAUUAUCCUGUAGCUGUAUAGCUAAACCGUGCCAAAUAAUUGUCUACCGCAUAAGCCACACUAAACAUACUGUUAUCAUCGGGUUCGGCUAAUAAAAAUAACAAGACGCUGUUUAUAGAAAAUCA